AUGCAACAUAACAAAUUGAUGUUAUAAAUUAAUAGAUGUUUAACAAAGUUUUAAAUGAAUUUGAAAUUAAUCAUUUCUUUAACAUUCAUCAAAAAGUUUUGUAAAUUUUAUGUUUGGCAAGAAUUAAUUCAAAAAAAUUAUUCUUCCAAUUUUAUGGAUAAGAGGAUUGAAGUUUGUAAAGUUAAUUUAGAAAACUUUUGCAAUUAGUCUCAAAUUUCCUUUUAGUACAUUAGAGGCGCAUUUUAAAUUAUCUAGAAAAUUCUUAAAACCUUACAAUCAUUUUAUAUGUUAUGA